GCGGGUCUUGAUUGCGCGAUGGCAAUGAUAUGGGGCAGCUACCGACCAGGAACUCCUUGGAGGGCACUGCCGGCUCCGAAUUCUCGCUGGUUUGUGGCGCAGACUGCACCUUCAAGUUCUCAAUCACCGCAAGACAUGCAUUUCAACUUGAUUGGUGGAUGCUUGCUUGUCGGCGGGACACAGCUGGGUAGGCUCCCUUCAAAGAUUGUGCAACAUCCCACGUACCGAUCGAUUUUCGGCAAUGUGAGUCUUUACAUUGUUCCAGCUAAAAUUCCUGGAAUGGAGUACGCGACGCGCGGAAAUCUCUGUGACCAUCAG